AUGUUCUCAAGUACCUGUGAUUACACAAAGUUAAGGUUGAAUAUCAGACUUUGUAUUCAACGACUUGAAUAUGUUCAAAAAAAGAAAUCUGAAAUAUCAAAGGGAAUUCGUCGAGAAAUCGCGGACCUUUUGAAAGAUGGAAAGGUUGACAGAGCUCGCAUUAAAGUCGAACAAAUCAUUCGGGAUGACUACUGUGUGGAAGCCAUGGACAUUAUACAGUCAUAUCUUGAGACGUUAAACGCGCGAUUCGGGCUAAUUCAAGAUGCAAAGCUGCCAGAUGCAUCUCUUGAGACACCAAUCGCGACUAUACUAUGGUCCAAAUCACGAAUUAAAAAUGAGAUUCCUGAGCUAGAUAUUGUCGGUCAGCAGCUCGCCAUUAAGUUUGGUAGGAAUUACGUCCGUGAAUGUUGUGAGAAGGCUAACAUGGUCAAUCGUACCGUCAUGACAAAAUUGAAUUCUAUCGUCCCUGGGGCGAAUUUGGUUGAAAUGUACUUGGUUGAAAUCGCGAAAAGUUAUGAUGUUAGUUUCACUCCCGACACACAUGUCAUUUGCGACUCUAAUCUAAUGUUCAACGAUAACUUGAUUGAAUUCAAACCUGAUAGUUCUGUUGGGUUACCUAGUAUGCCAUCCAACUUUGGAGCAUGCAGCAUGCCAUGGGCAACUACAUCGAUGUCCGAUAAAGCUCCUUAUCCUACGGAAUUUAUCAAUGAAACUAAGAUUCCAUCAGGCAUCCCGUCAAAUGAAACAAUGCCCUCAAACACAACCACAACCAAUGGCGAUACAGUUAUGCCACCGCCAUAUGAUAUGUCUGUAUGCAAUGGUCAAAAUACUGUCGUACCAUUUAAUUACCCUGGUCCUUCGUUUCUACCACCUCAAGAUAGUUUCACAACACUUCCUCCAGGUAGCUUCGCUAUGAUUCCACCAAUGAAUGGACCUAGUAAUCCCCCUCCGGAUGAUGAAAAAGCAGAUUUCGACACUCUGGCGGAACGCUUUGAAAAACUUAAAAAAAAGUGAUAAAUUUUGUUCUCAUAUGUUGAUACAGAUGUUUUUGUUUUGUUUUCAACUUCACUACACAUCAUUAUGCUUGAUCUCUGCUGUAUUUUUAAAAUGAACCUCUAUUUUUUAAAAAAAAUGACUGCAUGAUAUGUAAGUCUAUAUUUUGUUUCCUUAGUUGAUAAUUUACAUAUACAUACAUAAUUAUUUUCUAAUCAAAUAAAGUAAUCGAAUCUAUACUUAUAUUGUAUCACUUUGUUCUAUUCUCACUGUAUUCAAUUACGUUCGUUUAUAGUGAGUGAAUCGAUAAAGGUCAUCUACAAAUUGGUUAUGGUUGAUUAAUUUCUACACUGUAGUGUGUAUUUUGCCUUUUUUAAAUCAAGGAAUACAGGUAAUUUAAGAAAGUAACUCAUUAGUUGUUAUAUUUCUAAAUGAAAUUAGAACUCUUGAUUACGGUUGGCAUACUCUGUUUAUUUUUUAUUCUAGCGGGAGUAAUCGGUAUCUACGUAUAGUGGUAUACAGGACUAUAGAGUCAUUGUUUUACGAACUCUUGUUCCCUCAGUUAUACCCUACUGACUGAUUAUACGUAUACUUACAUGAAUAAGGACUAAUUCUUAGUCAGAUAGUGGUCCUACUGUUUGUGACUGAUUCGACCAGGACGUGUGGGUAUAUUUGUCUAUUCGCGCGCCUCAGUUGCUCCCGUAUUUGACUGAUCAGUUUUCAUUGUAACACGAAUGAUUACAAACGUAGAUUAGUAAAUUCAUUGUUGUUGCAUUGUAGUCACCGUAUCGUCACAAUUAGUACGGAAUUAACAAGUUGACGUAGCAUUCUAUAAUCAACUUUAUUGCAAUAAUUCACCAAUUAUUUUUGUAAUGAAUGUGGUAGUACUCUAAUUUAUGCUUUCUGUUUAUACCUUCGAUUAGUAUGUCAGUAAAUAAACGUGCAAGUUCAAACCAACUGGAAUAUUUACAAUAUUUCUUGAGGUAUCCUCCAAUAAGGGCACGGAGCAAUUAAAAGAUGAAUUCAAAGGGGCCAUUUAGUACUAUACUAAAAUAAUAUCGCUUAUAUAUUGACUGAUCAAGUGUAUAUCAUGUUCGGACAUCGAAAGGACGAUUUACUGACGUAAUAUAGAUGUAAAUUUCAGAUUUUUAACUUUUUAUAAAAACGUUUGAUAUAUCUAAAUGUGCAAAAUCGAAUUAUACUAUUCGGCUAAGCACUCUAGUAUCGAUCUAUUUCCGUAAUCCGCACCUAGUUUCAUGCGUGUCGCUAACUUCUUUUACUUGGUUUUUUCAUGGCUUUUCUGAAUCCUUGCAACAAACUACUCGGUUUUUCAUUCAUCUAGAUUGUUUCUGUUUUAGAGUAACAGUGAAUUUCUGUGUUCGGAUGAGAAGCUCCGAUGAGUUGGCUAAAGCUUCUAUGCCACUUUUCUAUCUCAUUGUUCAUCUUGACAUCUUCAAAAAACGGAGCUUUAGUACAUUCCUCAGUACAAUUAGGAAAACUGGCUGCUUCUUUUGCAUCUGUUUCGUCCCCUUAUCGUCUGAUGUCUGUGAAAUAAUUUGUUGACUUGGAUUUCUUUAUUCUAUUUGUAGAAUGGUGACUCCAUUAGACUCAAAUAUAGUUACACCUGAGACCGAUGCAAAGCUGAUGCUCCAUCUUUCGUAUGAUGUUGAAGGUUCGUCGGUUACUGUGGAUUCCACCUUACAUAAAUACAAGUAGGGAAAGUAACCACACACUAAUCGUGUGUGACGAGAGUAUCGACAAACAAGAGCUGUUGAACAGUCUCGAUGACGUUCACCCAGCUAUUAAAUUCACCAUCGAAGAGGAGAACGACAAUAGCAUAGCUUUCCGUGAUGUCCUAAUUUCUAGAAUGAUAGACGGUCUCAUAAAAGGAAAUGUAUUUAUAGAGAAUAGAUGGAAAGGUCAGUAUACCCAUUACCAUAGCUUUACACCUCUUUAAUACAAAAUAGACAGAAUCAAACUCCUAUGUUCUGAAAAUUGUGUAGAUUAUGAAACCGAUAACCUGAAAAGCACAUUUCGAAAUGAUUUCGUCAUAAAAAUUCUACUAGGUAUUAAAAAAAGCUGUGACACGGUCAGUAAAAGAAACCUGACUCAAACUGAGUUUUAAAGGAGACAUAGUGGGUGACAUUUUAAAACAUUGACGUUUUACGCCGCCAAGUUACAUACAAUUUUCUCAAUCAAACAAGUACUUACACAAAAAAUUAAGGAUAGCUUACCGAUGAUGGGCUCCUUCAUGUGGGUAUACCGAUUCAACUGCUCCUGUAGAGCCAGUUACAUAGGCCGUACUCAGAUGGCCUUAUCCUUGAGUGUUCGUGAACAUGUACAAGCAUGGUUGGGAAGAGGAAUCACUAAAUCAAUUAAUAGUACCAUUCUUUCUCACUUAGUAGGUAGUGAACAUCAUGCGAAGAUAGAUGAGGCUUUAUGUCAAUUUCCAAAGAAUCUACCUGAAGGAGCUAGAUUACGGCCCUUCUACGUAUACAGCCUUUAUAUUUACCUUGGCCCACGACUGGAUCACCGGAUACCUAAACUGGAUAUUAUAAACCGCUUGUCGCCCCUCCCAAUUCCUUUCGUGUUUAUAUCUUAAUCUUCACACUCAUCUUUCCCAGUUCACAUGAAUUCUUUUUUAUCGUAAUUACUUUGAUAACACUCCUCUUAUUACACACAACGAAAUUACUAUUACCUCGAUUGAUAAGACGAAAUUCUCCUACGAUGCAUUUUACUCACAUGAUUUGUUGAUUUUGUUAUAUUACCAUUAUUUUGAUUAUGACUUGACACUUUGCUACAAAUCAUUCUGAGAGUUAUCAAAUGACCUUUCUAAUUUACAAAUAACACAACUUUGGGAUAUUUAUGUCGUAACAGAUGCAAACGCUCACCAUUCUUAACAUAUAACAUUGUCAAAUUCCGAUAAUGCAAUUGGAAGACGAAGUUUGUCAUUGCUUUAUCGAAAUUUAUCAAAGGGACUAAUUGUUGUAAAUUGUCAAAUUCAAUAAUGUAUACCUUAAUCUGACCUUUUUAAAAUAUAAUUAUAGACUGGAAACAGUCCUGAUGAUGAAGUUAUUCAAAACAAUUCCAUCGAAUAUUUUUCCUCUACUAUUUUCUUGGUAAUUUUAUUACGUUGUACUGAUUUGGUACCCAUACUGGGGGUAACACACUUUUAUGUCCAAUUCUAUGUUGAUUAUGAUUAACUGGCAUGAUUUAUUUGAUUAAACAAAAAUGUCCAAACGAAUUAAUAUUAUUCGAUUCUAAUAAAUAGACUGGAUUCUUUUGAAGUUAUGCUAAUUUUGGGUCAUCCUACUAAUGGAUUCACCAGAAUGUUAUGGGCAAAUCUACUAUGCUCCCUAGACAGUCAUACAAUCAAUUAUUUUGAAAAUCUUAACGAUAAGCUAUUAUAGAACUCAAGCUUUUAGAAAUGUGCACAUUGAUCAGACGAAAAUCUAAUGUAUGCUCAUGAAGUAUGAAAGUUAAUGAAACAGUCAAAACACUAUUUGCCGGUAACGACUAUAAUUUUUGCUAAAUUUUUAUGGAUGAAUAUUGCAAUAAUUAUAUAUAAUAAGAUAUUAGGCAUGUUAAAUCAGAAUUACUAUACAUUAAAAGGAUAACAUUGACAGACUUUGUAUUAAUCUAUAGACAAAAAAACAACUGACAAUUUGUUGAAUAUUCUGUGAAUUUAUUUCAUCCAAUGUAGCUUGAAAUAAAUUGGAAAUCAUGGGAGUGAGGAAACUAAAAAAGUUUAAAUCUAGCGAUUACUUACUGGAAUUAUACUGAACUGCUGUACUUCAGCGAGGUUGAUGGUGACCUUCCAGAUGUUUCACCAGUGAGUAUACUCGAACUUUCGUACUUUUUAAAAUAUCUGAGUACAGAUUCACUGACAUUAUGAAACAACAAUCUAAAAAUUAUGUGAGUGAAACUCGGGAAAUUUGUACGAAAAAAUGCUUAUUAUUUGGUAGAUUAUUAAUCAUAUAGUUUAGUUGCGAGUUCACGUUAAACAAAAGAAAAAUAAAAGAAUUGUCACUAAACAAGAUUUAGAAUACGAUCUCCACUAAGAAUAGGCUUUUCGUAUAAUUCCGUGUCCAUACCAUGUCAUUUUGACCGUAUGCUACAACUGUAAACUUCUUAUCCGUUCUGAGCAAUUUAAUCACAGCAUAAAAAUUUUCUGGACAAAGACAGGUAUUAAGUUAAUUUUGACUGACAUUACUUUUUUCAGAUUUUGUACUGAAGGAUAGUCACUGUCUUCUUAUUAAUAUUUCAAUAUAUAAUAUAGUUGGACGGAAUUCUCUAAAUUAAUUCAUUUUACACAGCACAUCAUGUAGCAAUGAAAACUCAUAUGAACAUGGUAUAGUGAGUUCUCAUGAUUUCGACUUUCAUUGACAAUUAUUCUUGUUAAUAACCAUACUUAUAUUUUGGAAUUCUGUGUUGUUUUAAAUUAGUUUAUUUGAUGUGGUUCAGAAGACAGAUUUGUCCAGAGGAGUAAUCAUAUUACUCAGUGAUUAAACACAGGGAUGUAUACCAGGAUUUGAGACAUACCUAGUCAUCAAGGUGGAGCAGAGUCCUUACCUUCGACCUAACUAUUGAAAGCUGAAUACACUAAGCAAUUAAACUAUUUCCAAGUGGGAACUCUGUCGAUAGAAAGAUCUAGUAAUUUGUAAAUAAUUGUCUAACUGAUCUUUCACCCUUGGAAUUUAUUCCGAUGAUUUUGUUUCCUAAGAUGGUGCAGAAGUUUUGUACCUCAGAUAGACAAUUUCGAUAGAUCUUCGUUCUUUGAGCUGUAAACUACCAAAAGAGGUUGUUUUCUGGCAAGACAAUCGAAAUCACACAAUUAUAACAUAUACAUAUGUGAAUGUGAUAUCUUCAAAAGUUAAUAUUUUCCUCUCAAUUACAAUCAUACAUCAUUAAAAUUGAAUGCAUUCAAAAAAACUGCAUACUUAAUUUUGUUACAGUCUUUAGGUUGUAUACUUCUAGUUAUGCCUAACUAUUCUAUUUAAAACUAACCAAUUCAAUCUUUAAAUGAAUUGAAUAUACAAAACGCACGAAAGAAACAUUGUAACGAUUAUGUUGUUUGGGUACAUUUUAACUUGUUAACUGAAUUAUUUGAUAGAAAUAUACCACUAACAUAAAUUUGCUGGUUCUUAGCUUGAAAGUUAUGUAGAAAAAAUCACUUGAAGCUUUUAAUGCUUUAUUACAAGUAUUAGCCCUUUUUUCUUCUAAGUAUUCACAUGAUUGCUGUUUUUACAAUAAAAUAACAAAAAAGAACAAAUGGAAACAACACAAUAACGUAAAAUAUUUUCAUGUGCGCUUGUUUUUGUUGUUGAAUGAAGUAUUACGUCAAUCACAAGGAUAUUGUUUCUGAAUCAUACCAACAUUAUUUUAGUAUUUUAAUUGAGUUUAUAUUAGUCUCAUUAGGUUUUCACUAAUUGUAAAUUCAGUGUUUGUCUUAUAAUGUCUUUAUUAUAAAUGUUCCUCUUAAUCUGAAGAUUUUUUAAUAAGACAGAUUUAGAUCGUUAACUUUUUUAUUAUUUCUCCUUAUUAAUAGUUUUGCAAAUUCUGCACUGUUUAUUAUACAUAGGAUAAUGGUUGGCAGCCGAAUGC